CACUUCCAUCCAACAACCCUGCACCAGGGAUCCGGCGAUUCAUCCUGCCGACAGAAAUUAUGCCGCCUGAGCGUUCUUGUAUUAGAUCAUCGCGGAAGAGGCCUGUUUCGUGCCAUUUCUGCCGGUCCAGGAAGCUCAGAUGCAGCCGCCGGUUCCCGUGUCCAAACUGCACCAGUCGCGGCAUCGCGUGCGAGCUGUACGCUUCUCAGCCGGCUGACUCACAGCCAGAAAGUGUGGUGGGCGAUACUGGUGCAAAUAAUUUGGAUGUUCUCGCGCGUCUCCAGCGACUGGAAGAUAUUGUGCUGGGGAAACACAAGGAUGUCUCUCCUGAGCCAGCAGACAGGACGCCCGCACAGUCACAGAGUCCCCGGAGAGAGCAGCACGCUACCGAAGAUGCUCGUUGGCUGGAAGUGGAAUGCUCCAUUCAGGGUCUUUCAAGUACGAUUGCACCAGACGGGGUGUUAUUCAAGACUCGUGCAAUCAGUCAGAUCCAAAGCGCAUCAAUUCUCGUCCGGGGCUCUUCAGAUAUUGUAUCGAGUGAAGACUCCACAAGGUGUUUUUGGAUUCCUCUAUAUGAAGAGUCCAAAUGUCUGGUGGAAAAGUAUCUCAAGGAACUUACGUACCUCCUCCAUGUCAUCCACGUACCCUCUAUGAGGGCGACUGUGGAAAGACUAUACGAAGCACUUCAUAUGCAAACGCAGCCCAAGCCUACACAUAUAGCACUGCUUCUAAGUAUAAUCGCGAGUACGCUUUACUCGUGGACGGCUACAGACCCUGGCGUAUUGCUAUCCUUAACGGCGGAGGAGGUAAAAAGCCGCACUCUUGUUUUUUUAAAAGCAGCACUUGAUUUACUGGAAUAUUCUUCUCGGGCUUCAGAUACCUCCCUUGAGGAAGUCCAAGCCAGGAUUAUCACGUCCAGUGUCGUCUGCAACCUUGAGGGUGUUUCGUCGAGAUACCGCAGUCUAAUCCUAACGGCUAUCAUGGGUGCACGAGAGCUGGGGCUUCACAGACUAGACCAGAACAAUAGAUCGGAUGUGGAAAAUAUAGCAAACGAUACAGUUGAGGCUGAGAUAGGAAGAAGAGUAUGGUGGUAUCUGGCCACCACAGACUGGGUUCUAUCCCACUACGAGGGCCCAUUAAAGGGGACAUAUACAGUUAAUCCACGCCAAAUGCUCGUCAGAAAGCCGAGAAAUAUCGACGAUAUUGACCUGCUCCCGGGAAAGGACAUCGUGGGACGACCGAUAGAUUAUCCUACCGACGUCUCCUAUACACUCCAACGAACCCGACUCGGGGAAAUCUGUCGAGAGCUCACGGACAGCACCCCCUUAUUUAGCUCAGAGCCUCUAAACUACGAAUCAGUACUAGAAAACGACAAAAGGACCGACGAGUAUAUCUCAGGCUUCCCCCCCUUCUUCCGCCUCGACGGAGGCUCUUUAGAAGAUCUAACAAAGAUCAACCCCAACAUCACCCCGGGAAUCAUCGUCCAGCGAUACAUCUUAAACAGCCUCACCCACGCCCAUAAAUGCCGACUACAUCUACCUUAUUUCGCCCGAGGCUCCGUCAACCCGAAAUACGCACAUUCCCGGGAAGUAUGCCUCAAGGCCGCUCGGACCGUCAUCCGCAGCGAGAGACUCUUCGAUAAGGAGUUGAUAUCAUUCUUCCCGAACCGAUUCCGAAUGGCAGGCUCAGUGCAUUGCCUAUGCAUGGCUAUUAUCGUGUUCGUUCUAGACGUUUGCCUCUACAAGGACGACGGACAUGAAGAAGAGCGCAAAAAGGAAGCCGCCGAUGCCUGCAGUAUCCUGCAAACAGCAAAGAAUGACUCUUCCAUUGCUGGGAGGCUGCUGAAGUCCUUCAUGCGGGUUAUCAAGAAGCACAAAGUGUCUCUUACUGGGAUUUCAAACUCGGGUGAAGAAGGUGAGGGGCCUUCUUUCAAUACCGAGCCAGCUGUGUUGGAUGCAGCGGGAGGUGGUAUUUCAGAAUCAGGUCCCAGCCUUGACUAUCUUGCCGAACAGGGCCUUCUCAGUCCGCAGUCUUCUUAUUGGAAUGGGAUUAGUGAGACCUUCCACAGCGGGAUGGAGUCGAUCGAUUGGAAUGCUCUAUUCUUCGAGCUUGAGGCACAGAGUCUUGAACCUGGGUCGCGUUUCUAAAGCGAUGUUCCGUCUGGUCUGGAUGCAGGCUUUCGUGCAUCUUCCAAUCCAACACAAAUGGCCAAGAAUCUGAUUGUUAGAGCACACGUGAAUAUGAAGCGCUGUAGGAUGGAGACUUGUUUUCUCGAUAUUAGAUUGUUUCUACAGUGGCAGACGAAGUAUUAGUUUGCCUUUCAGUAUAAUGAAUUGUUUCUUCGCUUAUUUAUUGGUAGUAUAGUCUCUGGUCAUCUAAAUUUGAAACAGCGAAUUGUUGCUGCCUUC